AUGAAGAUUGCGCAUGUCAUCAGCCUGGUGGUUGCCAGCUUCGCUGCUGCUUCCCUUGCUACUGCCAUCAACUUUGGUGUCCAUGACAAGGUGGUUGCAGCCUUGGCAGCUCGUGACUUGUCCCUUGAUGAGAUCCACGACAUCAUCAAUCUCAUGCCACGUCAAGAGCCCGUCACUGUCACCGUGACUCCAGCUUACUGCACCCCGUAUGGUCCUCCGUCUGCGUUGACUCCUGCCACCUCUGUCACUCCGUCCACCACUUAUGUUACGGUCACCUCGUCCACUUCUGUCAUCACCACUAUCUACCCACCCGCACCGUCCACUUCCACCUCCGUGGCUAGCAGUGAGACUCCAGUUGAGACCCCAGGUGUGCCAACAAGCUCCACCACGCCAACUGUUGAGACACCUCCGGUUCCGUCUACCACUCCAGUUGAGAGCAGUGUUCCACUCACACCUGUGCCUAACACCCCGACUCUGUCAUCUGAGAGCAGCACUGAGAGCAGCACUGUCAUCGAGACCACAUCAUCUUCCACCACUACUGCCAGUGUCUCGACCACUUCCACUCAGACGACUGCCACUGCCACUACCUCCACUGGCAUUCCACAAGCUCCCAACUCAAAUGGCGCUGGAACCACCGGUUUGAACUUUGGCUUGGCCGGGUUGGUGGCUGUGUUGGCUUUGGCCUAA